AUGCUGCGCAGUAUCCGUGCUCCCGCCGAUUCCCUCUACCCGCCAGGGACUUUGUACCGGCGACACCUCCGCCCUCACGUGCGGUGGCUGAGUCUCAGUUUCACGGACACUGCCGUGGAGCAGGAGUAUCGGGCUAACAGAGAGCCCACGUUCGGACUGAGCGUCAUCUGUCUGCCCAUCGUGCUCUCCUUCAACGCCAUCAGCCAGGGGAUCAUCACACCCAGCUCGAUUCACACCGUCAGCACUCUAUUCUCGGGACUGAUGCUGCUGCUGAUCAUGAGCCUCUUCAUGCUGCCCAUACAGUGGAUGAAGAGGAUGCCCGGUUGGCUGUCUUCAGUCGGCUCUGUGAUCCAGGGCUCCAACACUCGCACCAUGUGCUGGCUGGUCAGCAUGAACAUCCUGCUGUCGCUCUGCAACCUCAUCGACAUGGUGAUGUGCCCGCUGCACGACCGGAUGGUCAGCCGCUCUGCUGCGGCCGCGCCCGGCCGUAACGCCAGUGCCGUCCGUCCGCCCGUCUGCACUCCGCCGCCUCCCAGCGUGGUGCUCCAGCCGCACUCCAGCUGCGCCUACCCAGCCUACUUCACCUACUUCACCGUGCUGAUCCUGAGCACGUACCCGGUGCAGGUGGAGCUGCGGCAUGUUCUCAAGCUGCCGCUGCUACUGAUCACGGCUGGCCUGCACGCCUGGAUUAACGUCUUCUGGCUGGGAGACGUGCUGGACUGUGUGGGCUCCAGUGUCUACCAUUAUCAGGGCCUCCUGCCGGAAAAGUACGAGCUCUGUCUGGUCCUGGCCAUCACCUGUGCCGUCGUCAUUGUUCUUAACGUGCACACGGAGCUCACAUCACGGGCAGCCUUCCUCUGGAAACGGGAGAUGGCACAGCAGCAGCGAGAGGCCGCCUGCCUUCAGGAGAAAAACGAGUCACUGGUGGAGAACUUGCUGCCGCAGCACGUGACGCAGCACUUUCUCAAGGUGGAUGUCACCACCAGCCAGCACGAGGAGCUGUACGCUCAGUCGUUCGACGAGGUCGGCGUCCUCUUCGCGUCCAUGCCCAACUUUGCUGAUUUCUAUACUGAAGAAUCGGUGAACAAUCAGGGUCUGGAGUGUCUCCGUUUUCUGAACGAAGUUAUCUCAGAUUACGACGCGUUGCUCGACUCGCCAAGGUUUCGAGGCAUCUCGAAAAUCAAGACUAUUGCAUCAUCCUACAUGGCAGCUAGUGGUCUAGUGGCCUCGCAAGAGCUCAAAGGGGAACCAGACGAGGUGCGGUGGCGCCAUCUCUCUGUCCUGGUGGAAUUCGCUAUGCAGCUUCGGGCCACUCUCAACAACAUCAACGCAGAAAGCUUCAAUCAUUUCAUCCUGCAAAUGGGCAUCAACCACGGCCCGGUGACAGCCGGGGUGAUCGGCGCCAGGAAGCCGCACUACGACAUCUGGGGCAACACGGUCAAUGUGGCCAGCCGGAUGGAGAGCACCGGACAGGCCGGCCAGAUUCAGGUGACUGGGGAGACCAAGGCCAUCCUUGAACUGUUCGGCUACACAUUCGAGCAGCGGGGGAUCAUCCUGAUCAAGGGUAAAGGUCAGCUGCUGACCUACUUCCUGACCGGCUGCAGCAGCCAAUCAGGAGCCGGCGCGGACAAAGCGGCAGACGGCAGCAACCAAUCAGAAGCUGAUGCGUCAGCGGCCGUGGACUAGUGAACUGACUGAGUGCAGUUGGUGCUCUCCCCAUAUCUUUCCGACAUUCUCUGUGUGGGAAGGGGAGAAAGGACGGGCCGUGAACCCAUCCUCCAUGUGAUCUCUCUGUGUGUUAAUGUGUGAAUUGUUAGAUCGUGAGGUGCCGACUAACCUCGAUGGCUGGUCGAGGAAAAUGUUGUUCGCCUAUCUGGUGAGUACCUCGUAGCGCAAAGUCCAGGCCCGGUGCCGCGGCCAGCGGCGGCUCUUAUCACGUCCAUGUGCUGGCGCAGGGGCGCGUGCGUCCUGUGUUGCACUCCGUUGUCGAUAGGUGUCGCGCUGAUCGUUAUAGGUGGCGCUACUGGUGAUUCGGAACGGUCCUCAUUCAAAAUCCGACAAUGAUGUCCGGAUGGCGUUGCAACUGCUGGCAAGUUAUGGUGGCAUAACAACAACGACGGUGCUUAUCUAUAGCGGAAGUUGGCACAGAUUCAGCACAAGCUCAGCACAGCACAGCUUCGCGAGACCAUAUGUAAGGAAAAUCUCAACCUGUUGUCCAUAAAAACGUGAAAAGAAACAUAGAGACGGCUGUGUGUGGUUUAGCGAGAGCCUUCAUUUACAAUCAAUUUUGCCUCUCUUUUGUUUUUAUGUAGGAAAGGGCAUUUUAAGUCUUGAUUUCCAUAUAGGUGUAGCGUGAAUCUGUGGCGUGUUGAACCUUUGCUAAAUUUGUGCUGACUUCCAAUACAAGGUGUUUAUUGGAAAUGUUGGUUAAUGCGUCUGCGUCAUGAGAUUGGUUACGUUUUCCGCGUGAUAUCAAAACGUUACAGUCAUGGUGAUUUUGUGACGUCACCAGUUUGUGUGACGUCAACUGACGUCAGGACGGCGUUUCCAUUCCAGACGCCAUUGUCUGUCCACAUAUGAAUUGUUCGUUAAUCAUGGAGUCGGUCCCAUGAAAAGUUACCGUAAUGUUUGUGUAUGUUUGUGUAGGUAUGCAUGUACAUUGUACACACCUACACCAGACGUAGCGUCCCUUUGGGCUGCUUGUCGCGACAAUACACUGAAUGUGUUUCUGUU